AUGUCUUCGAACCAGAAACAGUCCAAGAUUGGCAAGAAAUGGAAGCGCCCACACUCAAACAUACAGCUCGUCCAAGGAACCGUGCAAGAAACCGAUAUCAUCCGACCUGAAGGGUAUGGCGAUGACUCGUAUAGAGACUAUGACAAGACGAAAGAGAAACCAAAACGGGACGAGAGCAAGGCUGCCAAGAAAGGGAUAGGGAUCAAAGCGAAGGCCUGGGGCUGGGCCAAGAAAGGUUGGUCUCGGAUUCAUGGCGAUGGGGAACGCAGUACCGAGACUGGAAGUCUGGAGCAGCGAGCGUGA